AUUAUUUUCUGGUUAUUUGCUUCAUGAUAUGUAGUCAGCGACUCUCUAUAGGGUUUUGCCGUCCCUAAGGAACUCGGGCGAUUUGAGAACCAUAGUUUCGAUCUUUUAGGCUUCAACAUGACUCAAAGCAAGAAGGAAGUUAACUGGUCAGAGCUUUGUCCGGAGAUGGUGCGAUGUGUUUUCGAACGACUGAGCUUCACAAAUCUGAAACGAGGAAGAUCAGUCUGUUCUUCGUGGCGCACUGCUUUGAGAGGCUGCGUCCCAAAACGUAAUCAGAUCCCAUGGCUGAUUCUCUUCCCUAAUAACAACGAAAACAACAACAGCAGUUGCGUGUUAUUCGUUCCAGACGAUAGAGACAAAACCUACAAAACGAGAGAUCUCGGUGUUGACUUUGUUCAGAGUUGCUCUGUUGCUAGUUAUGGCAGCUGGCUCGUGAUGUGUGACACUCGCUGUAAUCUCAAUAUUUUGAAUCCUUUGACCGGUGAGAGGAUUGAUUUACCACAACCACCUGGACCUUAUGAUGAUAUAAAACCUCGAGACCUCGUAGCUUGUCUCUGGAUAGACGACAGAAGCAAAGAUUACUUAGUUGUGUGUGUGAUGGACUACGGUAUUUUCUAUAUCAAGAAAGGGAACCGCUGGUGGCAACACGUUUCCGGGGGAAGGUCCUACAAACAAAUGGUAUACGAACACACAUCCCAAAAGCUCUACGUCAGUCGUUACAACAAUUAUCCUCUCAAGGUCUGGUCUCUCUCUGGAGAUGAACCACAACAAAUCUUCGGAGAUAAUAAUCCUCGAGAGGGUCACUAUGCCUUGCGGGAUUUUCUUCCUGAUAGAAGCAAAGACGAAGAGUUGUAUCUGAAAGAAGAAAAGUAUUAUAGGGAAGAAUAUGUUGACAGCAGCCUAUACAUUGCAGUCAGUACUGUAUCUGGACAAGUUUUCAAGGUAAUUAAUUUGUUGCAGAAGUCCAAAAAAUGGCAAUUUCUCGUCUACAAGAUGCACCCAGUUGAGCUUACUUGGGAAGUAGUUGACUCUCUGGGCGAUGAUGCGCUGAUCUUAGACAUGGGUAUCACUGUUGUAGCCGAAGACAUUCCAGGGAUCAAGAAGAACUCAAUCUAUUUUAGUGGUCUUGAUAAUGGCAGCACGGAUCCUGACCAUAUAUUUGUGUUUGAUCUCACCACCCGCGAGAUUGAACCUUUGCCUCAAUGUGUUUUCUCCUCUGUUCAUUUCUCCGAUGCUCGAUGGUUCUUCCCGGAUCUCUAGACGUUUAGUCUAACUGUGCAAUUGGCUUCCUCAUGUCUAGUUUAAUUUUGCUUAUAAUUGUUGAAAUGAUAUAUAAUGUUGAUUUAUUAUCAUAUA